UUUUCCACGACGCACUGUCCAUCGAAGGGGAUCGUCAAUAUGACCCGUCGCCCAGCCCCUACCCCUCUCCGGCUUAUGACAGGUCCUGUGCCGCGGCGCGGGGCGCCCAAACACACACUACCCUCGCUCCCUCGACCCGCGUUUCAUCCUCCGGUGCGCAUUUCGAAAGGGCCAGUGCCCCGCGAACGUGCACACGCAUUAGUCAUGCCUGAGCCGGAUGCGUUCGCACGAACGCUCCCUAUCGCCCCGCUGCGCUCGCCGACGUCCGCGCGUUCUGGGUCGACCGAUGGAUGCACGUCACGUUCCAGCUCGGAGAGCACGAGAAGCAGACGCUCGUCGUCACCACCGUUUGCGGAGGAUCUCCGGGUGCGAGGCCCAUGGGAGAAGCACACCCGCGCGUUCGAGCUUGGUAUCGAUAUCAGUACGGUGGUCGUGCCUCCAGGACCGGUCGCGAUUAAUCCAGUGCCGGUCUGGUGACGCUGUGUGGAGAGGAAGGGAGACGAAGGAGGAUUCUUAGAGGGUUCACGGAUGGAAUGGAAGACGAAUGAUGACCACCGGUGCGGACGCCAUGUCGGACGUUCUAAAUUAUUCCGUCGCAUUGUGUAUGUUGUGUCCAUUCAAUUCAUUUGCUAAUGGAUGGCAGCUCCGUUUCUCUCAAAAUUGAAUUCCGUGAGGCGGACGUCCACUCUGCACAUUUAAUCAUCCCCGGCGUUUCGUGAAUUGUGGGGCAGCGAUGACAACGCACCAGCUGAAUAUG